AUGAACUCAUCUUCUUUUGAUCUCAUCAUGUAUGAUUGUCAAAGAGUCACCAAAAAACCUAGAAAAAGGGGUAAAAAGACACGGGGUAAAAAAUUAAAUCAUGUCAAAACUGCAAAUAAUAUUUCCCGGUCCUCAAAUAAUUCAGCGAUAUUGGCUCUUAUUAAAUCUCCUAACGAAUACAAAGAGAGUUGCAGGCAAAAACAGGUAAACAUCGCUUUCAAUGAGCUCAGGAAUUUGAUACCGGUUCAUCCUCCCGAAAAGAAAUUGAGCAAGUGUCAAAUACUAAGAAGAGCUAUCAAAUAUAUUAACGUGCUAAUGUUCUUGUUGCGAUAA